UCGUUUUCGUUUGGUUCAGUGAUCUGCCCUCCCAAAGCCGUGUCUCUCUCCCCUGAACCCCCUCUCUGUUUCCUAUAAAUUUGUUAAUAAUUACAACAGCAAUCCCCUUAUGUUUCCCUUUCCCUUCCAUCUCUUAGUUUGAAAGACUUCACUCGCAAUCUUCAAAGCAAUUUCCUUCUGGUUUCCUCCGGGAAUUCAAUUCUCAGUUCGUCGUGUUUUUUAGUUUCCCCCCUUAAAGCUUCUUGCAUCUUAGAACGGUUUAAGAAUUUGGGUAUAUUUGUAUUUAUUUAUGCACCGUGGGACUUGAAUGUGUGUUUGUUUAUGAGUUUUCGAUGCGGUGCCGGCGGAUGAGUCUUUCCUUCUGUUUCUAAACCCUAAUUCCACUACUGUCGAUGGCGAUCGUCACAGGGGAUCGCUACCUCGAGAAGCUGGUUAAAUUCGUUGACCAACAAGCAGAGGCUUUGAUUGAUGGUACGAAGGUGCUGAAGCUCAACCCGGCUGGGCUCCACUACGUGCAAUCACGGCUCGAGGCGCUGCAGGAGCUGGAAAGACUUCUAGCUGGAGCCCCGGUUGACUAUUUACGUGCCUACGUGUCGGACCUCGGCGAUCACCGGGCGCUCGAGCAACUUCGCCGGAUUCUGCGGCUCCUUACGACUCUUAAAGUGGUGUCUGUCUUGACUCCGCCUGCGCGUGACCCCACGCCUCUCUCUUUUCUGCCGUUUGGGAGAUUGAAGGUUCUGGAACUCAGAGGCUGCGAUUUGUCUACUUCAGCAGCUAAGGGGUUGCUUGAGUUGAGACAUACCUUGGAGAAGAUUAUUUGUCAUAAUUCAACUGAUGCUUUACGACAUGUGUUUGCCAGUAGAAUUGCUGAGAUCAAGGGCUCUCCACAGUGGAACCGCUUGUCCUUUGUUUCUUGUGCAUGCAAUGGCUUGUUAUUAAUGGAUGAAUCUUUGCAACUUCUUCCUGUUGUUGAGACCCUUGAUUUAAGUCGAAAUAAGUUUGCAAAGGUUGAUAAUCUUCGGAAAUGUGCUAAGUUGAAGCACUUGGACCUUGGAUUCAAUCACUUGCGAUCCGUCUCAUCAUUUAGCGAGGUCUCUUGUCAUAUUGCUAAACUUGUUUUGAGGAACAAUGCUCUAACUACAUUGCGUGGUGUUGAGAAUUUGAAGUCUCUUGAAGGGCUUGAUGUUUCCUACAAUAUUAUUUCCAAUUUUCUAGAGUUAGAGUUCCUUGCGGUGCUCCCAUCUCUUCGAAGCUUGUGGCUUGAAGGGAAUCCACUAUGCUGUGCCAGAUGGUACCGUGCACACGUAUUCAGCUACUUCAAUCGUCCUGAAAAUUUGAAAUUAGAUGACAAAGAAAUCAGCACAAGAGAGUAUUGGAAGAUGACGAUUAUUGUUGCCAGAAGACAGAAGCGACCUUCCAGCUUUGGGUUCUACUAUCCUGCAAAAUACGAUUCUGAAGGAGAAGGGGUUAUCAAUAAAAAGAGGAUAAAGGCAUCUCGACUUGCUUGUAUUGAGAAUGAACAAGAAAACACAUGCAUUUAUUCUGAUCUAGAUUCUGUGUCAUGCGAUAAUGAAAUGCAAAGCAAAGAGGAGAAUAAUAUAUCUGAGGAUGAAGCUGAAAUAGUCGAUUUGAUGAAAAGAGUAGAACAAUUGAAGAAAGAACGAUCUAUUCUUUGGUUACGAGAGUUCAAGGACUGGAUGGAUCAUCCUUCUGAAAAUUUUGCUGAUGAUGGUUUUAAUACGGCUAUGUUACACCCUGGGAAAGAAAAUUAUAAGAAAGGUGGGAAAAGCAUGAGGCAUCUUAGUGAAAGUUCUAGAUAUGUUUCAGAGUCGGUUGAAGCUUCAAGAGAUGAAAGUAGCAUGAAUGUUUUGGAAUCUGAUAAUUCUUUUGCAGAUACAUCUGCCAGUGUGAAUGCCAACAGAUAUUUUGACCAUAUCUUUUCCUCAGGAAUUCCUGGUGGAUUUUCUCUACCAGGCUUGAGGACAAUGGAAGUGAAACAAGAGUAUCAGAAAUCAUACUUGCAUGAUGAGACUGGUUGUGGAUCCAUUUUAGCUGAGAGUUCUCAUCGUAAUAUAUUUUCCCUUGAAGAAACUAAUAGAAUGGUUGAAAAUGCCAGUGUAUCACAUUUGAAUUCAAUUGAAAAUAUAACAGAGUCUAAUUCUUCAUCUGCUACCCUUGGAUCGCCACCACAUUAUAAGAAGGAUCUUUUGCGUCGCCAGAAUUUGGUGGAAGAAAUUCUACAGUUAUCAGCGGAGUCCUAUUCAGUGGCAUCAUCAGACAGUGAUACGAGCUGCAGUGAAAAUGAUUACAGUGAAGCUGGGAUACCUUCCGAGGAAUAUCUCAAUGGGAGCAGUGAAGGGCAUUCUCCGGCAAACUUUUUUGAGCAUGCUUAUUAUGAAAAUGGAAAUAACACCUCACAUGGGAGUGAAAAUGGCGUAUGCAUCGUUGAUUCAUGCGCUGAACAAGCCCCUAGGACCAACAAAUUUGUAAAUAUGAAACAAUCCCUGUCACUGUCCAGUGAGUUAGGUGCAGGUUCUAAUAAUCUAGAGACAUCUUCUUCUGUAAACCAAGAGGCUGAUUGGUUUGAGAAGAGAAAAAGUGGAAGGAAACCGAAGAGAAGAGUGAUUUCACUGUUGGAAGAGAACAGCUGUCAAUAUGUACCACAAGAAUCAAAUGGCAGUCUGGGGGAUAGUGGGGUUCAUUUGAAAGAAAUGGAAGGGAAGAACUCUUCAAAGGAUAAUGAUCAUCAGAAAUAUUUUGAUAGAAACCAGAUUAAAAAUGCAAUUUCAAAGCUUCCACUUGAUAAUGGUGUGAGAUAUUCUGAUGCCGAGUGCUCCUCUCGGGGGAAGAAUGAUUUUAUUGUGGACUAUUUCAAUAAAAAUGUUGCAGAUUUGAGAGUUCAUGAAACUUGUAGGUUAUAUAUGCGUUGCAAUUGUAUGGUUGACCAAUCUUUUUGCAAAGAAAGAGAAGUAACUCUAGUAUUGAGCAGUGAGGAAAAGUGGUAUGUGCUGCUUGUUGGCGUCGCAUUUAAUGGAUCAGAGAAAACCUUGGAUUUAUUAGGUUCCCAUAGGGUUGAAGACAUAAGAGUGGUUGUAGUUGGUCUGAGCCUUCAGGUUGUGAGGGUGUGUGUUGAAGGGAGUGUAGCGUACUUGUUCAUAACAAGAAGCUUCAAGAAAUCAAUUCAAUUGCUUUGUACGUUGAAAGUUUCUGGUUCAUCUGCACCAAAUGAUAAAUGUUCUUUAAGGAGUUUGGAGCAGGUUCAGGUCGAGUUGUUUGAGAAAGAAAUAUGUCAAGGUUUAAAAUUAAGCAUUUUCCAAUACUCGAUGGUGUUUUUUCAGAAAGGUGGCAAUGAAGAGGAAUCAUGGCUUUCACGAUCACUGUUUGUCAUUGGAGGACAAGUGCUUGUGUGUGUCGAAGACAUUAUUCAGUUCAGUUCUCUCUUAAAUGAUGCAUCUUCACCUCCAUAUUUCUCCCUGGAUUCAUGCUGCAACAUCGCAGAUGUAUCUGAGCUGAUUAUCGAGAGCAGAGAGAGGCAUUGUGUGACAUUAUCUCUCGAGUGCAGCACAACAAAGGUCCCCUCCUCAAUGAAAAUUCUAAAGAUGGUCGGUACAAAUCGCAAGAAAGAGACAUGGAAACUGAAGUGGUUCUCGGAAGAGAGUUUAUCCCAGUUUGUGGCAUUGGUGAAGGCAAUCCAUCCAGGGAUCACUUCAUCUCCUUUGCAUCUUGGGAUUUCGUUUGCUUGGUUAUGGGUGUGCAGAGUUCGUUCGUGUGUCGGUAUUCUUUGAUUUGUAUUCUUUUAGAAGUUAAUUUUUCACAUGUACAGACAGUACAGUAUACAGAAUAGCAAGCAAGUUAGAUGUACGGAUAUGUUAGACUUCAGUGAUCGUAAAAAUUUCUACAGCUUUUGAUCAAAGUAUUGUACUAUUUUCAUGUUA